AGAAAGCUACUUAUAUUUGGUAUUCGAUAAUGUUUGUUCUUCUAUCGAUUUUGAUAGCUCUUGUGACAUAUUUACUAUGGUCGCGACGUUCUUUAUACAAAUUAUCUUGGCAGUUACCAGGUCCAUUUGCAUAUCCCAUUAUUGGAAACGCUAUGAAUUUGCAUCCAGAUAAUUUACAUUCAUAUUUGGAUCGAAUUUCAAAGACAUAUGGAAGCCCGAUAAGAUGCUGGCUUGGACCGAUUUUAGUCGUUUUUAUUACGGACGCAGAAAAUGUUGAGAUUAUAAUGAAAUCCAAAGAUUGUCUGAAUAAACCGCAUACAUUUUACAAAAUGGUGAAAGAUGGUCUUGGAGUAGAUGGUCUAGUCACAAUAACAGGUGAAAAGUGGAGAAUCCACAGACGACUUGUCAAUCCAACAUUAAAUCAAUCAGCCAUGAGAAUGCAUCUUCCGGUUUUUAAUGAAAAUAUAAAAAAACAAGUUCUCGGUCUACCUACGAAUGAGUACUUUGAUAUUCUGCCAUCGAUAAUAAAAUGUUACACGAACAUGUUUAUUGAAGCAGCACUUGGUUUGGAUUGGAAACCUGAGGUGAAGCAAAAAUAUUUAGAACAAAAUAUUAAACUCCACGAAAUUCUUGCCGAAAGGUUUCUACAGCCCCUGUUUCAUGUUGAUCUAAUUUGGAAUUUUACCAGAGCAUCUAAACUCCUCAAAGAAUAUGGCCAGUAUACGCGUCAAUUGUGCAAAAAUAUUCUUAAUAAUGAGUCGCGAACAGAUCAAUCAUUCAUUGGAAGACUUUCUAUUGUGUCAAAAAUUAAUCCCAAAUUUACAAAGGAAGAUGUGAUUGCCGAGACAGGAACUAUUCUCAUUAGCGCAUCCGAAACAGCUGCAGCGGCUUCAGCAUUUGUUGCCUUAAUGUUGGCCAUGCAUCCCGAGCACCAAGAAAAAGUAUACCAUGAAAUUACAACCAUAAUCCCAGAUAAAAAUGCUGAUUUUUCACAUGAAGAUCUCAAUAAAUUGGAGUUUACUGACCUGUGUAUCAAGGAAACGUUACGCCUCUUUCCAACAGGUUCAAUAAUUGGCAGAAUUUCAAGUAAAUCUAUAAAACUGAGUAAUAAAGUUGAGGUUCCGCCAAAUGUGCCGCUCAUGUUUGGACUGCGACAACUUCACACUCAAAACAAAUACUUCGGUGCAACGGCAAAUGUGUUCGAUCCGUAUCGUUUUUUGGACGAAAAGAUAAAAAAUCUACCUAGCGCUGCUUAUAUCCCGUUCAGUUAUGGACCGAGAGAUUGUGUUGGCAUUUACUAUGCAAACGCAUCGGUAAAAUGUUUUACAGCACAUC